AUGGCAGCCAAAACUGACUCGCUUGGGAAGAAUGACGUUUCCUCUAGAAGAAGAGCAAAAAGAAUACGAGAAAAAGGUUCACAAACUGACGACGACCUCGAGGAGCUUCCCGACCACGAGGGUGACGCCACGCUGAAAGCCCUUGACGAUAUCAGGAAUAAGUUAGAAAGCUUACUUCUUCUCAAACCAGCUGUUGAUGACCUAAAAUCAGUAAUUGCUAAACUCACAGAGGAAAACAAGCAACUAAUGGAAAGUUUGAAUUCUGCAACUAAGGAAAUUCAAGAAAUUAAAAAUGCUGCCGCGGCGACUGAAAAGGCGACUGCUUCGCUUCGCAAAGAAAAUGAUCAGUUGAAGGCUGAAGUCGACAAAUUAGUAUGUCGCAACAUACGUCUUGAAGCUCAGUCAAGAAGAAGCAACUUCAGAGUUUACGGUGUCAGAGAUUCUCCACAUGAAACUCCAGCAGAAACCGAGCAAGUGUUGAGAAACGUCUUGUUACAACAGCUUCAAAUACCUGAAGAAGACGUAAACAAUAUGAGC